UCGCGUGCCCCUUGUCUAGCCGACGGUAUAAAGGACCGUUGAAGCCCGUUGCCCGUUUAGUCCCUCAAACUAUAGACAAAACAACACGAUGUGCGUGAAAAAGAGCUGUUACCAAAACGGGCCGCGAUUAUUUUCGCCCCCCAGAUUUGUACGGUUCGCGUCAUGUGCGUGGUGCAUUUGCUGGCUAAUGGUCUUCCUUUCCGCAAAGGGUGUGUCGGCCGAUUAUUUGCAACAAUCGCACAAUGUCGUCAUCGGGGAGGAGAAAUUUUUCGGUAGUUCGUUCGACCCUCGCGACCCCGGAAGAGGAUCGUCCGACGAAUCACCUCAGCGCAUUUCCGUGGCCGAGAAGACCGACCUGAUGAGGUACUAUCUGAGGUCGAAAAUUCCCGAUGAACCGAUCGCCGUCGUUGUCGAUACGGCGGAGAGAUUUUACGACGACAUAAAACGUCUGUUGACGCUUUUGACUACCGGAGGGCAAGUUCAAUCGAAAAUUCUACUCUUCGCGUACAAUGACACAGACUGCAGCUUAGAGCCCGGACUACUGGAAGGGAUCGAUGAAAACCCUUACGACAUUUCCACCAAAUUUUCAAAUCCCGAUCGAGCCAGAAGUAUCUUCGAGUGCAUAAAUAUCGCCCUGAACACGAUCAAACCGAACAGUUCGAUAAUGCUGUUCACCGGCAGGAAGUCUGAAGAUGAGGUCAUACUGAGAGAAAGUACUACAGCGAAAAUGAUCAUGAAAAAUUGCGAGUUCAACGGUAUCUGGUGCGCCGAGGACGCCGGUAGUCAAGAGGAAGUCGGAGGCUACGAGGACAUGGCGCGAAGGACGAAUGGGCAUUUUUUUCACGUCACAAAGCUCGAUCGCGAGGAGAUCGCGGCGACCGAGGGGGUCGAAUCCCUUCAAGAUCAGAAUGAAAUGAGGAGCUACGCGAAAUCUUCGGGGGCAUCACGGGUGCACGGUCACGGAAUAGGAAUUCGUGCGUCCGAGACCGAAUCCGCGGAUCUCCUGUACGACCCGAGGCUCCCUUACGCCGGAAACGAUGACAAAAGUUCGGCGAGAAUGUUGGACGUCGAAGAAAGAGACGAGCGAAGGGAACCGCUCGAGAUAAAUGAGAUGCAACGGGCGUCGGUGACCGCGAUAGAAGCCGCUACUCAACGGACAGGUACCCUUGUAGAAGUCGCGGCAGAGACCAGCCUCGUCGGAAGACCUGGAACGACUUCAAGGGUGACAUUUCGCGUCACUAACAACAAUCCUGUAACCAUAAGACACUACUUUCAAGGAAGAAGCACCGCUUUCAACGUGGUCAAUGUACUACCGAGAGACGAAUGGCUCCGGUAUGGGCAAUCGAUCAACGUGAUUAUGGACGUUGCAAUUCCAUCGACGACGAACAGUUGGGCUUCGGAAACCAUCACUUUGAUCACCCAAGGUCUCGAAACCGUGGAAACGCCGGCGUAUCUCUACAUACUGGCAAACGGUGCAACGCUCUCCGAUACGACGUCGCCGAGUAUAACGUAUUCGUUGAACAACAACUGUGCAGGGAAAUUGGACAGUGGUACGUGUGCCAGCAAUCUAUGGAGCGUGGACGUCACGAUUCGGGACAGCGAUUCGGGUCUGCAAAGAGUGUCGUCCUCGCCAAAGGCGAUACGACCGGCGACAACGUUUAUCAGUGGAACGAGAUCUGCCACUAGGUUCCAAUACGCAGCUUCCUGUUGCCAGACCACCGUGGUUGUUACGGCCGAAGAUCUUCUCGGUAAUUCAAACUCUCAAACGAUCGACGUAACUGCUUGGUACAACCUCUCCGAAAGUCAGAUCGCGGUCAUCGUACUCGCUGUGAUUUUGGGAUUGAUUUUCAUCGUUCUGAUAAUAUUAGUAAUAAUCGUAUUGAUUAGAAGGAAAAAUAAAAGCCAAGAUCUCCCUUACACUCAGCGUUACGGAACGACAAGACCUCCGCAGCCGAGGGCUGAAAGAACGAGCUUUUAAAUCUUUUUGAUCACAUCGACUAUAAAAAUAUUUAUUCAGAA